AUGGACCGUUGGUUAAAAUGUGGAUCGUUAAAACGGGAUAGACCUACAGACGAAGAGGGAGAAAAUACAUUCAAUGUUAAAGUUAAAAAGUCAAUGACUCUCGAACCGAACUUGUCAGUGUCUAUUGAACCCAACUCAUCGGCGUCUCUUAAACCUAAUUCGGCCAAGAUCAGUGCUGCAAAAAUUAGAAAAUACAACUCUGAUUACUUGGAAAUGGGUUUCACGUUCACUGGCCCUGAGCAGCAGCCUAAACCUCAAUGUGUAAUUUGCUACGAAAGCCUUUCGAAUGAGUGUAUGAAGCCAGCAAAACUCCGUCGGCAUCUUGAGACAAAACAUCCAGAGUACAAGAGUAAGUCAUUAGAUUUUUUUAAAAACAAACUAGGAGAGCUUAGAAGAUCUCGUAAAAACAUUACUAAACACUAUGGUGCAAAUGUAAAUGAAAAUGCAACCCUUGCAUCUUAUGAGAGAAGUCGACAAUACCACACUGCAACUGCAGAUACUAAUCAAAGUCAAGUAGAAGGCAACAGAGGUUCAAUUAUUUUGCUUCAGAAAAACUUCCACCAAGCCGAUGGAGAAAAGUUAACAUUGAAGAAAGAAAGAAAAAAACAGAAAAAGAACGUCGAAACUUGGGACACGACUAUAUAA